UGAAGACUGAAUAAACUUCCGACUGGACAUUGAGAGUAAUAAUGGCGAGAAAAAAAGACAGAAAGCCGAAAUAUCAAAUGCUGAUGUGCUAAUAUGAUCGGUAGAAACUAUAAAUUUUCUUUUCAAAAAAUCGGUCAAGAAACCCCAGCGUGUUGAAGAAAUUGAUACGAAGACCAACGAUGGAGUUUUGCUGAAUCAGCAGUCUCAAGCAGACGACGGUCAAUUUUAACUUUUCUUUUUCAUUUUCUCGCUUUCGUUUUUCUAUGUUUACAAAACACCCCACCCACCUUCUUUGACUUUUAGCUACAGGUUUAAAAUCGAAGUUACAAUAGUGUUACGAAGAAAUACAGAAAAUCUUGAAAUAUGGCUUAAAUAAAAAAGAAAACUAGCAAUCGCAAACCACAAAAUUGCUCUUACCCUUUCUUUGAUUUAUCGACACAAAAAAAUGUUCAGAUUUUUGAAUUAAAAGUGGGUAGUAGCUAUACGAAUGGUUUUGACAAAAUGUCAUUACAGUGUUGCAUUUUUCCCUUGUGUUCAGCAUGGUUUACUAUUAAGUGAAAUUCUUCCAGCAUGACCUGUUCAUUGUGCAUGUAAAGCUAGCUAGCUAGCUAGCUAGCUACAUUUCUAUAUUUCAGAUUAUAUAUAUUUAAUUUAAUAUAGCUACAUGACUGUCACAUUCUGCUGAAGAUAUGAAUAGGGUUUUUAAAACCAAAUGGCUUGUCAUUUUAGUAUGUUUCUUCCUCAUGUGUGAGGGCAUCGCAGGAGAAUUGGUAUUUACCACGAAGAAAUGGGAAACGGCUGUAGCAGGAAAUCCUAAUUUUGUGUUCAAUUUUAAAUUAGUUAAUCUUGGUUCAUCAGUUACAAUUUCCUGUGACACGAAUGAUACCACUGCUACUGUAACAUUAUCACAAAGAGAUGCCACAUCAGAUCCAUAUAAAAACGUUAUGGAAAAAUAUAAAAAUAGUAUUAUUAAGGUAGGACAAACCUUUGUCAUUGAAGUAACUGCAUCACAACAUAAUGGCUAUUACCAAUGCACUGCUAGGACUGAAAAAGAUUCAGAAAUAGAACUUGAAUUAGGAAGGCUUAGAGUUAGUGAAAUAUCUCCUGUAACUAUUCCUGUGAUAAUACCCUUUUUGGAUGUUUUUAAUAUUGAAACUGGUGGUAAUGAGAAUGUUACAUGUAAAACAAAAGGACUUCCCACAACAGAAGAGUCAAUCUUGACUUGGUUUCGCAAUAAUAGUGGUGUCCUUACAAAAAUUGAUAAAUCGAAAGUAAUUCGUGAAGGAUUGUUGGAUAAUGGUGACCAUAUAGAUAUUGAAAUAUUAUUGUUCAAAAAUUUUGGAAUAAGCGAUGUUGGCACAUAUGUCUGUCAGCGAAAACUUGGAACUGCUGAUCCAACUUACAAGUCUAUUAAAAUUGAGUUACAACCUGAUGUUGAACCAAGUAUAACAUUUCCUGAUAUCCCGUUUAAUUUAUCUAAUCCAAUAUAUAUAAAGCCUGGAAUUCGUAUUUUUUCCCUUCGCUGUUCAACUGGUGGUUCUCCAAGGCCAAAUAAGUCUUGGCGUAAAAAUAAUAAAACAGUACACACCUGUCCGAAUAUCUAUAAUCCGGAUUGUAUCUAUUCUUUGGUUGUUACUUCUCAUGAAACACAUAGUGGUGUAUACGAGUGUGUUGCAGAGAACAUUUUGAAAACAGUUUCUAGAUCAAUAAGCAUUCAAGUUCUAGAUCCACCCAUAUUGAACAAACUAACUCUUACAAAAGUUGCUAGUUAUGAAGAAGAUUUUGAAUUAUCUUGCACUGUAAAAUCCGGAAAUCCUAUGCCGUUUAUGAAAUGGGAAUUUCAACCUGAAACUUGUCACCCCCAAUCCACUAAACCAUGCAAUCCACGAGAAUCAGAUUGGAAAACAUUUCCUAAACAAUCACCAGAUGUAAAAACACCUACAAAAUUUAGCUACAUUAUUGCUACAAAAACAAAGUCGAAUUACUUUUAUCGGUGCAUAGCAACAAACCAGCAAGGAAAUGACACAUAUACUAUUGCAUUAAUAAGAAAGGAAGAAGCGCGAUCACAAUUCAGAAUUUCACCUGCAGGUAAUUACACUGUUACAGAAGAAGACAAAUUAGAAAUCCAAUGUUCUUCUGAUGCUUAUAUUUUUGAAACUGUUAAAUUGACAAAAAACGGAGUUGAUCUGCCAUCAAGUGAAAGUAUAGUGGACAACAUCAGAUAUACAACAUUUACAAUUGAAUCUGUUGAAAUGACAAGUUCUGGAAUUUAUCGGUGCGAAGCCAUACUAAAAAGAGGCGGAAGUCGAACAUUGCAGAACAAUAUUUUUGUGCAAAAAUUGAUGAAACCGAAAAUUGAUGGAUUUGCGGAUAUGGUUGUGUCACAGGACAAUAUCAGUAAUAUGAAUAUCACCUGCAUGGUUACAGGACAUCCUCCUCCAGCUGUUACAAUAAAAUUUAAUGGUGAAGAGAUUACCAAAGAUAUUGAUGACAUUGGUCGAUGCGAUUCAGCUAUCAGUGGGAUAUACAAAUCGAGAAAGAUCAACAAUGUAUUGUACAUCUGUAAAAUCAAUUUCACAGAACACGAGGGAAACUUUGAAUGUAUUGCAUCUAAUAGAGCUGGCAGUGCAAUGAAGAGAAUGAACUUAACCAUAUUAGCUAAGCCACAAAUUGUUAACUGGAAAAAGACUCUCAUUGCUGGUACUGAGGUUAAUUGCAUAUCUCGAGCAAAUCCUCCUGCCAUGGUAUCUUGGUUUCGAUUUGAUAAACAUACAAAUACAUCCACUUUUAUAUCUUCACGUAAAAAGGUUGAUAUACUAUAUCUUGGAAAUGAUGUGGAAGAUGGAAGUGAUAUGUAUAUGUGCACAGCUUCAAGUAAACUCGGAAAUGCAACAGAGUACGUGCAAAUACUCGCAGGUGGUGGUACACGUGCAAUAAAAGGCGACAUUACAAAGAAUACCAUCAUCGUUGUGAUAGUAAUAGCUGCUAUUAUCAUACUCGUUGCAUUGAUUUUAAUAUUGUGGUAUAGAAGACAUUUAAAACAACAAUAUGCACUUUAUUUGGAACCAAACGAAGAUUGGCAGAUGGAUCCUGAUAGAUCAUUGUUUGAGCAAUCUAGCGAGCUACCAUACGAUUUGGCUUGGGAAUUUCCAAGGGAAAAUGUAUUGUUAGUGAAAACGCUUGGUUCAGGCGCAUUUGGACAAGUGUGGUUGGCAGAAGCGGAAGGAAUUCACGGAUUUAAUCCACGGGAUAAAACUUCUGCAGCUGUUAAACGAAGGAGAUCCCUCGCUAGAACGCGUAGAAAAUAUCAUUCUUUAUCGAUCAGAUACAAAAAACAAGCUGAAGAAGUGUCUGUAUUGGAAAAAACAGUAGUUGCAGUAAAGACAUUAAAAGAUGAUGCAGCAGAAGGAGAAUACAAAGAUCUGGCAUCAGAGUUAAAGAUUUUAAUUCACCUAGGAGAACACAAAAAUAUUGUUAACAUACUGGGUGCUUGCACCACGAACGGAAAGCUGUAUGUAAUUCUGGAAUAUUGUCCUCAUGGCAAUUUAUUAAACUUUUUGCGUGGUAAGCGUGAAACGUUUCAACCAGUGUGGGCAAAACAUGAAACUGAUAUGAAAGACGAAUUUACAUAUAUUGACUUGGUCAUGAUUGUGAUGCAAGUCGCAAAGGGAAUGGACUUUCUACAGUCGCAAAAGUGUGUACAUCGAGAUCUGGCAGCUCGCAAUAUAUUAGUAGGAGACGAUUACAUCAUGAAAAUAGCAGAUUUUGGUCUUGCUCGUGACAUUUACAAGAAUGAGUUUUAUCUGAAAGAAACAACUGGUUUGUUGCCUGUCAAAUGGAUGGCUCCUGAAUCGCUAUUUGACAAAGUUUACACUGCAAUGAGCGAUGUAUGGUCCUAUGGCAUUCUUUUGUGGGAAGUAUUUGCAUUAGGCGGUUCACCCUAUCCUGGAUUACCCACGGAAGAUUUGUUCAGCUUUUUAGAGAAAGGAAAAAGAAUGGACCCUCCUGAGAUGUGUCCAAAAGGAGUUUAUGAAAUUAUGAUGGAAUGUUGGACCAGAAGCCCGUAUGAGCGGCCAAUGUUUUUACAAAUCUGCCAUCGACUUGAAGCAGUAUUGAAAAACAACAUACCUUUAGGCAGCGAUUAUUUAGAUUUUACUGAUUCAAAAGAGAAUGAUUACUUGAUGCCGGAAGACAAAGCACGCUCAAACGAGUACUUAGAAGCUACUGGACAUAUUAAUGAUAUGUCUACUGACGAGAAUUCUCCACUUUCGCUCGCACCAAGUAGUAACGUUGAAACUGAGCCAUUGAUGCAUGAUGCUGUAGCUGUUUAAAACCUCGAAAGGUGGACUGAAGUUGACAAUGUUAAGAAUGGAAGCCGAAUGAAAAUAACUUCCAGUUAUACCUUUUUAAAUUUACAAGUAUAUAUAUACAUAUCAAAUAUAAACAUCUUUACUUUUUUAUAUACAAAAUUUUUAUAUUUAAAUUUUUAUUUAUGACGUCAGGCGAGUGACAGGAGUACGGAGAUUAUUUUUUAUUAUAUACUUAUUCUAUUAGCUAUUACUCGAAGGGAAUAAAUUUUCGCGAGAAUUAAAUGGAACUUUGCAGUCAUUUUUACCACGAUCUUUACGUGGGUUGGGUCCAUAAAAACAAAAAAACUUCUUUUUAAGCUCUUCAAAAACUUUCUAAGCAACUUAUUUAAUGAGUAUAGUACAAGUCCUAUACUGCAUUCUAAAAUUCUCG